UUCCAGAGCCUCGCAGCAUUGAACAUUUUUCAACUGCAAACCCUCUUCCGUCCAUUUCCUGAGGUCAAGUCACUUUCAAUCUCAAUCUCAAUGGUCUAGGGCGGUCUAUCCGUGUCGUCACUUGUAGGAAUCUCUCCCAAAGAAAGAUUCGCAUUUGAAUCUCCAUGCACAAUUCCAUCAAUUCGGACAAGGCUGUAGCUCUCUCAUCGAGAAGUCGCCCCUCCGAAAACAAUGAGCGAAGAAGGCUCAGUCACGUCUGAGUUGCAGGAGGAGAGUGCAUCAGAAGAUGCCACUCUGAAAGCGAUCUGGGAUGAGCAAAUGAAGAACGUCGAACAAACAGGACGGUCUUACCGAAGAACUGCUGUUCUCAUGUUGUCCUGGGCUGAAGAUGACAAUAAUCUUGCAUUUGGUAACGCGAGCGAGUUACGUGAACUCGGAAAGGUCUUUACGAACGUUUUACGUUACGAAGUCGUCCAGCGACAGUUAUUUAGAGAUGAGCAUGUAGAAGAUGGUGAGAUGAUGCAGCCAACCACCCCGAUUCAGGACAGGUGGACACAGAUCCGGAACAAGGCUACCAAAAGAGCUCGACGCCGACUGGAGCGAACAGUAGGUGGCGAUGAUGAAAUGGCUAGCGAUAGUGAGAGUGAGUCGGGUGGAGAAGAGACAAUUGAAUCUCGAGUUGCACGAAUCAAGGCUCGUGUUGCUGAAUUGACAGGCAACAUGGAACCAAAUGUCCACAAUGCAUUCAGGCAGCGUACCAGACGGGGUAUCCUUCCCGGCACCCAACUCACGAAACACCUCCUCGAGUUUGUGGAAGGCUACGACAGUAGCUCGAGUUUGCUCAUUGUCUACUAUUCAGGGCAUGGUUACCCAAGCACAUCUGGUGACCUUCACCUAGCUCCAAACCGUCCACCUAUCUCUGCAGAGUCGGCUAUCCGCAAUGCUGCAGCGUGGAGGGAAUCAGAGCAUAUCAUCGCAGACACAGAAGGGGACAUCUUACUGAUCUUCGAUUGUUGUCAUGCUGGCCUCUUUCAUAUAUCAAAUGUCAAAUCUCGACCCCGCUAUCCUACCAGGAGAUUCGAGUGUUUGUUAGCGUGUGGUAGACAGGAGACAACUAAUCUUCCAGGCAACAAUUCUUUCACGUCUGCUUUGAUAUGGUCGAUGAAAGCCUUCGGAGAUGCAAAUUUGAAGUAUACAAUGCUGGAGCUGCUAGCCAAGAUCACGAAAGAUGCACCCCACUUCCCCAAAGGACAAAUAGCGCCAGUAUUGGAACUUGGCGGCGAGCCCUGUGAUGAAAGAAUAACACUCGUAUCACAACCAGCAGCUCCUGAGGUAGCAGUGAUCGACCGCCCACUCCAAAACUAUAUGGAUUUGAGAUUCUGGUUUCCAUCACGACCAACAGAGAAACAGAUAGCAAAUCUGGCGAACCGACUCAGGGGGCUUAUGUUGGACAAAAGUAUCAACACUCGUCGGAUACUCUAUAGACGUAUUGGGACGGAACAACAACUCAGCCUAGAUAAAUUGGAGUACAUCCUUUCAUGGGCAAACGGUUCUCCCGGACUACUGAAUGCUGAUAUGCUGUCUGUUACGUCUCUGAACACUUCAACCAGAGAUCCCGAGACGUUGCGACCUUAUGCAAGGUUGCCCAGUUUGUUGAGUUUGCCGCUGCUGGAGGACGAGGAAAUUGGCAUCGAGUACAAUGAAGCAGAGCCAGAGCGAGGAGUUCACAUGGCAGAGAAGGGACUGCAGGAUUCUAAUGAACUCCACACCCCGGCAAUAGCCGACAAACUGGAUGACAUUGCAUCGUUCAAGCUUUUUGGGAAUUCAUUACAGACUAUCAAUGCGUUGGCGGAGAAUUCAAACACUCGUCUUGCUCUAGUUGGCGUUGUGUCCAUGGGACUUGGCGUCUUUGUGUCUUGGAUCUUUUAAGAUAGAAUG